GAUGGCCAUUUGGGGAUGUAGAGAGACACUUAAUCCACAGCAUGCACUUUUUUAAAAGAAAAAAAAUACUACUUGUAUGCUAUGUAUCCUUGUACAUUGGAAAAGUAGGCUACUUGUCUGAAAAAAUGGCGGGUAUGCAAUGUUUAUGAACAAUGUUUUUACAGUUUUAUAGCAAAGGUGAGUUAUGAUUAUUAUUAAGCUACUGUACUUUAUAUAGAUAGAUGUCAUUUUAUAUUUUUACAAAUGAAUGCAUUAAUAUAGGCUACAAUAGUUAGAAUUGUCAUGAAACUUUAAUAUAUUUAUAGGCUACAUUAACUAUCCAAGUGUUAUCAGGUAACUUAACAAUGAAUAUUUUACCGUUUACAGUGAAAUUAAUUCAGUUACCAGCCUUGCCUUAUCAAAAGCAGUCGACAUCUUGACCUAUGGCUUUGUAGAGAGAGGUUGCAGUUGCAGUAUGAAGUGGAGGGUGUAGGUUGUUCAAAUGAGCAGUGGCGGUAGGCUGGCACUGGUUCUCCUUCUGCGGGCUGCUGAUUGGACAGCGCUGUAUAACCCGCUGCAGCGCACCACCUCGCAACCAUUCGCCUCGUUCACUACACAGUCCGUUCGCUUUGUGCUUUGCAGACAAAUGGCUGGAUUUCACCAAGGCAGAUAAUCUGACCGAAAAGAAGAGAGAAAGUUUGGAACGAGAUAAGGAUUCGCUUUUAGCCUAAAAGUGGGAUCUGUGAAGACAAACACCCCUCAAAUGCAAAGAGGACAGCUUGGCUUUCUGUGACAUACAGACAAAGAGACAUCCUGCUGCACCUGAACUGAGAAGCAUCUCGGUCCACUCCACCCUAAACUGUAUGCUUUAUUAAUGAUGUCGGAACAGACGCAAUGCAGCGAUGACCCACAGUGAUUAGAAGGUCAAUCAUAAGAAAGUGGAUGCAAAUCUCAGCAGAUUGGAAUAGUUUAGAAGCUUCUAGAACAGAGGUUCUUUAUCUAAUGCUUUCUUGUUAUUAAUCUUUUUUGUAAACAAACAGAGAUACUUAUUGAUACUUGAUUGUAUGUAUUUUUAAGCAUUUUAAUAACGUUAGAUUAUUUUAAUUUAUUAAAUGUUACAAUAAUAAUAUAUUAAUUUGAAUCAUUUUAUCCCUUGGACGUUUGCUGAUGUGGGUCCCGUCCACCUGGUUGAGAACCACCGAUCUAGAAUGAGAAUGAGUAAAGAGAACACCGCCUUUGUCCUUUAUUAAUAACUGCUUAAUAUCCUUUUAAAUAACAAGAGAUGAUCGGUGGCAUUUGGUACGUGAGGAAAUAUUAAAUAAUGUUCGUGUUUCCAGAACGAAUGCUUCUAAACAAAACUAAACCAGCACUGACAUCAAAAAUGGAUGGUUUGUGCUCAGUUGAGCGAUGUUUUCCAAAUAACUACACGUGAUUGGCCUGUGGGCUGAACACGUGUGAUUGACAGGUGAUCCAGCCAGUGACGAGAUGCCAUCCAAGGUGUCAUGCCUGUAUUUGCUGACUGUGGUCUGCUGGGCCAGCGCUCUGUGGUAUCUCAGCGGCUCCCGGCCCUCAACCACCUACGUGGGUCAGAUGACCUUCGCCCGCAAACCGCACCCGCGGCUCUCGAAGAACGACACGUUCAGCAAUAUCCGCACGCGUACUCUGAACCCACACAAUUUCAAGUUCCUCAUCAAUGAACCCAAAAAAUGUGAAGGCACAACGCCCUUUCUCGUGCUCCUCAUCAGCACCAACCACAAGGAGUUUGACGCCCGGCAGGCGAUCCGGGAGACGUGGGGAGAUGAGAACAUAUUCAGCGACGUUCGCAUUGUGACGCUGUUUCUUCUCGGGUACAACACUGAACCUGUGCUCAACCAGAUGGUGGAACAAGAAAGCCAGAUCUUCCAUGACAUCCUAGUCGAGGACUUUGUGGAUUCCUACCACAAUUUGACCCUGAAGACUCUCAUGGGGAUGCGGUGGGUGUCCUCAUUCUGCCCAAAUGCACAGUACGUCAUGAAAACAGACAGUGAUAUAUUUGUCAACAUGGACAAUUUAGUGUUUAACCUGCUGAGACCCAACACCAAACCAAGGCGCCGCUUUUUCACGGGUCACGUGAUAAACGGAGGACCCAUACGUGAUGUUCACAGCAAGUGGUUCAUGUCUAGAGAUCUCUACCCUGAUAGCAGGUACCCACCUUUUUGCUCCGGGACUGGAUACGUGUUCUCCGGAGACAUGGCGGAGCUGCUCUAUAAGACCUCCCUACAUACGAGACUCCUACAUCUGGAGGAUGUGUACGUGGGACUGUGCCUGCGGAAACUAGGCAUUCAGCCCUUCCAGAACAAUGCAUUCAAUCACUGGAAAAUGACCUAUAGUCUGUGCCGUUACCGAAAAGUGUUGACUGUACAUCAGAUUUCACCAGAGGAGAUAUUGAGAAUAUGGAACGAUAUGUCCAACAAGAAACAUCUCAAAUGCUAACAAAUAGUUGAGGAAUAUGUUGAGCCAAUAUGUGAUACUGAAAACAUUUAUUGGUAUUAACAAGACUAUUUAGGGCUUUUCACAUUUGAAAUAUGUUUUAAUCCUGGGUCAUUCUAAACCCUGGGUAAUCUUGGUUCAUGUUUAACAAGUAAUCCUGGGUAUUCAUAAGCUGAUGUUUCACACUGUAGAUUCCUAAACCCUGAGUUAACAUUCUUAUUUGCAUAUUUGCUGUGUCAGUGUCAUUGAUUGGGCGAACGCUGCACGUGACCUGUUUACAUAAAGGCUCUAGUGUUGCAUAUCCUCAUACUAUAUAUUAUCGACUGUAAUAUCAAGUUUGUUCUGAAUGGAUUGUUCAAACUAGGUAAGAAUGAAACUCUCUUCCUGACUCGAAUUGGCAUGUUUUCUGUCACCAUUUUACAUUUUCUCCCUCAAAAACAUAGCCUACUAUUUAUACAGUGUGUCGUGCGGUGUUUCUGCCAUUUGAAUAUGAGGCACACUGUCUGUCUGCUACUAAGCAUCUAGCUAUAACUUUGUAACACUGCUUCGUUUCACACUGUACACAUUUGGCACCGCAAUGCAGUUAAAGGGUUAGUUCACCCAAAAAUGAAAAUUCUGUCAUUAAUUACUCAGCCUCAUGUCGUUCCAC